AUGUCAGAGGUUAUGAUUGAUAUUGAGCUGUUGACAUGUCCAAUUUGCUCAGAUACGUUUGUUGAUGCAUGCGAUACUAGCUGUGGUCAUACAUUUUGCGAAUUCUGUCUGAAUUGUUGUUUAGAGUCUAAACCCGAUAAAUGUCCAGUAUGCUCAAAAGAUCCAUCACCAACACAUCCAGCAUUCACUAUCAGAUCUCUAUGUGAGAUGAUAGCACCUGUCAAACCAAAAGAAGAUGACGAUGGUCAAACUAACAUUUGUUUUUAUGAUAUCCGUAGAACAACUCUUGAAUCUGAAAAAGAAGCAGGUAACAACUGCUACUAUGCCAAUAAAUAUGCACAAGCAAUAUCUCAUUAUAAUAAUGCAAUCGACAAGGCUACAAAUUCAUCAGAUCCAAAGAAUUGUGUUUUAUUCAACAAUCGUGCUCAAUGCUAUAUACAUUUACAUCAAUACAAGAGAGCGCUAAUGGAUUGUGAAGAAGCAAUUAGAUUAAACGAUACAAAUGUUAAAGCCUUUAUGAGAAAAGGAUUGUGUCUAAGGCUGCUAGGUUAUUUCGAGGAGAGUAAACAAGCUUACACUAAAGCCUUGCAAUUGGAUACACAGAAAUCUUGGACUCGUCAGAUUCAAGACGGUCUCCAUUCGCUACCCAUUUUCAAACCACAAACCUAUAAUCACGACGCUCAUCCACCACAACAGCAACCACAACAACAACAACAACAGCAACCACAGCAACAGCGUGCUUCAGUACAGUAUCCAUAUCAACAACAGCAACAACAACAACAACCAAUGCCAAAUUACUAUAAUACAACCAACGGAUAUAAUCAAUACCAAUAUCCACAAUUUAAUCCAAAUCAUGCACGAUAUGCUCCUACCUAUCCGCCAGGCUACAUUCGUACCAAUACCAAUCCAAACUUUUCUACUUACUACCAACCACAACAACAACAACAACAGGCACAACCACAACAACAAGCACCCGCACCAGCACCAGCACCCUCAACAACCACUACCACAAACAACACUAAUAAUGUAAAUAAUAAUAGUAAUACAAACUCUUCAAGAAAUACAUCAACCUCAAGUACAAGCACUUCUUCCACUUCUUCCUCUUCUUCUUCAUCAAGCUCAGCACCAUCGGCGCACGAAAAGAAAAAAUCGGAUUAUUGCAAAUAA